CGCAGCUAAAAUGAACAAUCCCCGCCACAACCGAAUCGACACACGCGGAAACAUGUUUGGCUCGCGCGGCAUGUCCCGCCACUCUGAUGUCCUGGACUGCCCUGUCCCGACAGAACCCAAGGAACUUUCGGCCCUUGUCGAGGAACUCAAGCGCCGGGGAAAUCAAGCGUUCUCGAAAGGCGUCAUGGAGGAAGCAGAAGUGCUCUAUGCGCGUGGCAUUGACGUCGCCCAAACGGACAUUCACAUUCUGUACAGCAAUCGGAGCGCCACGCGAUUGAAGAUGGGCAAAAAGGAACUCGCGUUGGAAGAUGCGGAAGCUGCCGUUGCGGCACUCCCAACAUUUGCCAAAGGAUAUUUCCGGCAAGGCCAGGCGCUGAUUGCGAUGAAGCAGUACCAGCGUGCCAUUGACGCCCUUACGCGAGCUGAUUCGUUGGAGUCUGGUAAUUCCAGUGUCGCGAAGGCACUCGCGGAAGCGAAAGAUCUCCAGGCCAAACACGUAUCCAAUGAACCCAUUGAACGCCCAGUCUCGCCGAAGAAGCGCACUGUCUACAACACGCCAUCGUUCCCAACGUCCUCUUCAUCGUCAUCGCGAUCGCCAAAAGCCAAGUCUGCGCAUGUCGUGGUAGAGGACGGCGAAGAAGACCUCAAGGGUGUCCGUGGGUACAAGAAGCUCGCCGAUGGCCGUGUCACGACCUUUUUCAAUAACGAACUCACUGCAGAAGACAAAGCUCUCAUUGGGAGCAUUGCGCCAAAGAAGAUCGACGAUGUCCAGGCCGUCCAAAUCAAAAACGUCGAGGGUGGGUCGGCGUGGAACCAAGGGAAUUCGUUCGAAGAGAAGGAUUUGUCGGCGUUUGCGCGGGACCGCGUAACCCAGCUUGUCAUCGACGUCCCCCCUCAACCCAUGACGCUAGAAGGAGCUGCUGGGUUGCUGUCUGUCAACGAAGUGAAAGACAUGGCCGGGGAUGCCUCCAUCGCCGUUGUUCGCGGCGCCAAGCGGUACAUUUUUGACUUGAACUUCUCGGUGGAAGUGACCUGGGCGCCAACAGCCGCAGGCAGUGUCCCGCCGCUGAAAGCGACACUGAAGUUCCUCGACAUGAGUUCCGACAGCGGCGGUGACUACGACGUCGAAGUGGUGGUGCCCGACCGCUACUCGCACCCGAAGGGCAAGGUGCUGCAUCAAGCGUUGACAGCCAAGUCCACAUUGAGCUUCCAGCGCGUUCUAUUUGACCGACUCAACGUUUUUGUGUCAGAGUUUCAUGCGAAUUAAGUUGGGAUCCAGUCAAAGCAAGCGUCGCGUGUGUUUAUUUAGUUGGAGUCGAAGCUGCUUGUUCAGCUCAUCAGUUGGCGCCACUGAAACAUGAGCAUCACCGACGAGGACGUGGCGCUGGCGGCUGUUGCUGGCGGCUGCAGCGUAAACGUUUCCGUGAUCGCGUCUUGGUUGGUCGUGAGCCGCUUGCGCAACUCGAGCACCGACAUGGUGACGGUGCCGAGGCUCUCGGUG